GUCAGCAUUAUCUUGUGACUGGCUGUUUAGUCUCUCACGAAGGACAUUAGCUUGUUUAAUUGUUUUAUCAUUUUAAAUAGCCUGAAAUGUGGCCAACUUUCAAAAGGGACAAAAGGGACUAGAAGACCUUUUCAAGCUUUGAGGCAGCUUUCCCCUUUAAACCAUUAUAUAUUUGUGGAAGCCAGAUGCAUCUCUCAGUGCCAUGUCUCAGAAAACGUUUGCUUUUACAUCAGCCACACUACGUUCUCUGCGGAUGGAACAAGAGUUGCAGGACUGGGAGGAAGCACGUAGGGCACUGGAGCACAGGAGGGUAAUGAGUAGGCGACCACUGCCAGCGGCACCGCGGCUCAGACAUGGGACAGAGAGGAUCCAGACAGUACGAGCUCCUCCACCUCAGAUCCACUGCAGAGACCCGGCUGUCCACAACACUUUCAUGUAUGGAGACAUGAGAAGUCUGUAUGCUGUACUCAAAGAAUCUGGUAUGGUGAAUGCAAUAAUGGAGAUUGUCCAUGAGGAGAUGGUGUGGACUCCAGAAAUGGGCAUGUGGACUCUGUCCUCCAAAGUGAAGCAAACGUCGGGCCUGCGCCUGGCUGCCGGCAGAGGGCACUAUGGAUGCGUGGAGGAACUGCUAUUCCGGGAAGCUGAGGUGGACGCUGACCCUGGUGGUCGAACGGCCCUCCAUGACGCCUGUUCCGGGGGUCAUCACUCCUGUGUAAAGCUGCUGCUGGAGCAUGGAGCAGACCCCGAUCUGCUGACAGCUGACGGCAAUGCACCUCUUCACCUGUGCAUCACUGCUGAGUCCUAUGCCUGUACAGAGCUGCUGGUCAGCAUGGGUGCCAAUGUGAAUGUGGCCCAGCGUGACUCUUGUCUCACUCCACUGCAUUUGGCAUGUCGGAGGGGUCUGGUGGAACAUGUAGAACUGCUGCUGGCCCACAGAGCUGAUGUAACUGUGCAGAACCGUGAGGGGGAGACGCCACUGAAUGCUGCAUGCGCCGGAGCUGAGAGGCCAACUGAGACCGUGCGAUACCUGGCUGUGGUGCAGAAGCUUUUACAAGCUGGAGCACAGGCCCAUACAGCAGGCAGGAAACAGCACACUGCCCUACACAACGCCUGUAGUAACUGUGCUUUUCAAAUUGCUGAUGUGCUUUUGCAGCAUGGAGCUCGGGCUGAUGCAGCCAACUGUGCAGGCUAUACACCCAUGGACUGCCUGCUGCAGGUGGUAGAAGAUUAUCCCGACCAGCACCCUGAACUAAUCACUCGUUCACUUCUCAACCGCGGAGCAAAACCUCCUUCUACCAAAAUGCUGAAGUUGUGCCUCCUGUCCCCUGCCACUCUGGAAGUGAUGCUAAACUGCUACCCAGUGGUGUCAGAUUGUGAGGAUUUGAUACAGGAAGUCCCAGAUGAACUACUGAAGGAGCAUAUGCGGUUCUUCGACUCAGUUUGCCGGGUGAAUGGGCAGCCCCGCACACUUCAGCACCUUUGUCGAUGUUCCUUGAGACUCAGUCUGGGUGCACGAUGCCACUCUGCAAUCGAUAAGUUAAACAUCCCAUGUGCACUUAAAGAGUACCUGCUGCUGCCGAUUAAAGGCGAGAUCCAAUGAUACUACCUGGACAGGAAAAUACAAUCACUAAUAUGAACUUGCAUUUAAAUAAUAAAUGUUACAGAACCAUAUAGCCAUUAACCUCUUUGUGCUGAAGUCUUUAAUUGUCUUGACCUAAUCAGAGUCAGACAAAUGACCACAAGCAGUUUAAAUGGGACACAUUACAGUGUCAUUCAUAUUAUUGUCAUUUUUGCAUUUUUUUUAUUUGCCAGUAAUAUGAAUGUUUCAUUAAGUCUGUGAUUGACAGAUUCAGUGCAUUUAUGUAAAUCGACAGUUUCUAAAGCUGGAAAUUCUAAUAAAAAUAUCCU